UCUUAAUUCCGCUGAUCCCACGUCGUCGUCCACCGUCCACGGCACCGGCGAAGCCCGGAUGCCGCUCGCGCGGACGGUGGCCGUGGUGGGCGCCGGCGCGGCGGGCCUGGUGGCGGCGCGCGAGCUGCUCCGCGAGGGCCACGCCGUCACGGUGUUCGAGCGGUCGGCCCGCGUCGGCGGCACCUGGGCCUACGACCCGCGCUCCGACCCGGACCCGCUCGGCCUCGACCCGGCCUCCCCCGCCGCCGCCGCCGCCGUCCACGGCAGCCUCUACGCGUCGCUGCGCACCAACCUGCCGCGCGAGCUCAUGGGCUUCUCCGGGUUCGCGCUCGACGGCAGGGUGUUCGCCGGCGACCCGCGCACGUUCCCGGGCCACCGGGAGGUGCUCGCCUUCCUCGACGCCUUCGCCGAGGAGUCCGGCGUCGCCGGCCGCAUCAGGCUCCGCGCCGAGGUGGUGCGCGUGGGGCCCCUCGGCGCCGGCGGCCAGGGGGAGAGGUGGGCCGUGGCGUGGCGCGGCGAGGCCGGCGCGGUGGUGGAGGAGGUGUUCGACGCCGUCGUGGUCUGCAACGGCCACUGCACUGUGCCUCUAGUGCCCAAGCUCCGAGGAAUUGGCAAUUGGAAGGGGAAGCAAAUACACAGCCACAACUUUCGCACUCCUGAACCAUUUCAAGAUCAGAUUGUUGUGGUGGUAGGAUUAGGAGCAAGCGGAGUAGACAUAGCUAGGGAGAUCUCAAAAGUUUCCAAGGAAGUGCACAUUGCGUCAAGGUACACCCCAGACAAGCUGGGGAGAGUUGAAAUGUACCAGAAUGUCUGGCUGCAUUCAGAGGUGGACUGCAUCCAAGAUGACGGGCAAGUUCGUUUCAGUGAAGGAUCAGCAGUGGCAGCAGACACCAUUCUUUACUGCACAGGGUAUCGCUACCAUUUCCCGUUCUUGGACGCCGUGGACGGGGUCACCGUCGACGACAACCGCGUCGGGCCUCUGUACAAGCACGUCUUCCCCCCGAAGCACGCGCCCGGUCUCUCCUUCGUCGGGCUGCCGGCCAAGACCAUCAUAUUCCAGUCGUUCGAGCUGGAGUCGAGGUGGGUCGCCCGCGCGCUGUCGGGGCGAGCCGAGCUGCCGGGCGAGGCGGCCAUGGCGGCCGCCGUGCAGGAGGACUACCGGCGGAUGGAGGCGGCCGGGAAGCCGAAGCGCCACACGCACGCUCUCAUGCCUGGCUGGGUGGAGUACAUGGACUGGGUGGCGGCGCAGGUCGGCGAGCCGCCGAUGGAGGCGCGGAGGCGCGAGCUGUACGAGAAGGCUCUCCGGUGCAUCUGGUCUAUGGACGACAGCUACCGGGACAAGUGGGAAGAAGAAGAAGAGAUCGGCGCUCCUGCAGACUCAGAAGAGCUUACAGGACUUGGUACCUGGUGAUGGAGUUGUUACUGUUGCAUCAGCUCGGCUGUAUUUGCUGCUAAUUAUGAUUGAUGUUCUAUCUAUGGACUGGACCAUCAGAUGUUACAAAUCAAUUUUGUCCACCCUUGGAGUAUAUUAGUGUGGGCUUUCAAUUGGCUUCAGGCCUUCAGUGACUGGGCUAUACUCCUCCAACUUUGCGGCCCAGAAUUACGCGAACUUUAGUGGAUUGGUUUCGUGUCGUGCUUGGCUUGGCUUGGCCCA